GUCUCCUCGUUUUUUGUCGUUUUCUUGCUAUAUAUAUCUAUCUAUCGAUUGCUUGUCCUCCUUCAUCUGGCCUUCACCAGUGAAACCCUUUUCAACAAUCUGUCUGUCUGUUUGUUUCUUGCGUUCCCGAGUCGCCUCGUAUUCUUGGCCGAGUCCACUCAGCUCCUCAAAUUCUCUCCCUUUGUGCUCGAAGGUCGAGUCUCCACCAUGAACGGUGGCUUGGAUCGGUCUCGCGCUUUUGUCAAAGAUGUUAAGCGUCUUGUUGUCAAGGUUGGGACUGCUGUUGCGACUAGAAGUGAUGGGAGAUUGGCGCUUGGGAGAUUAGGAGCUCUUUGUGAGCAGAUUAAAGAGUUGAACUCUGAAGGUUAUGAAGUUAUUUUGGUGUCAUCAGGUGCUGUGGGCAUUGGUCGCCAAAGGCUCAGAUACCGGAAAUUAGUCAAUAGCAGCUUUGCUGACCUCCAAAAACCACAAGUUGAAAUUGAUGGGAAGGCAUGCGCAGCUGUUGGACAAAACAGUCUGAUGGCUCUUUAUGAUACAUUGUUUGGUCAGCUGGAUGUGACAUCAGCGCAGCUUCUUGUGACUGAUAAUGAUUUUAGGGAUAAAGAGUUCCGAAAGCAACUUAAUGACACUGUGAAAUCACUAUUAUCUCUGAGGGUUAUCCCUAUAUUUAAUGAAAAUGAUGCUGUCAGUACUAGGAGAGCUCCAUAUGAGGAUUCUUCUGGUAUUUUUUGGGAUAAUGACAGUUUAUCGGCUUUGCUAGCUUUAGAACUAAAAGCUGAUCUUCUCAUCCUGUUGAGUGAUGUAGAGGGUCUUUAUAGUGGCCCUCCAAGUGACCCACGCUCAAAGCUGAUUCAUACGUACAUUAAGGAAAAACAUCAGGGAGAAAUUACUUUUGGUGAUAAGUCUAGAGUGGGAAGAGGGGGCAUGACGGCCAAAGUGAAAGCUGCUGUCAAUGCUGCUUAUGCAGGUGUCCCUGUUGUUAUAACCAGUGGGUAUGCUCCUGAGAACAUAAUUAAGGUCCUUCAAGGAGAGUGUGUUGGCACCCUCUUUCAUCAACAUGCACAUUUAUGGGCCCCAGUUACAGACUAUGGUGCGCGUGUGAUGGCAGUUGCAGCAAGGGAAAGUUCCAGACGGCUUCAGGCAUUGACAUCACAAGAUAGGAGAAAAAUUUUACUGGAUAUAGCAGAUGCCUUGGAAGCUAAUGAAAAACUGAUCAACAUUGAAAAUGAAGCUGAUGUUACUGCUGCACAGCUGGCUGGAUUGGAAAAAUCCUUGAUAUCUCGGCUGGCUUUAAAGCCCGGAAAGAUUAAAAGUCUUGCAAAUUCAAUUCGUGUGCUUGCAAACAUGGAAGAUCCAAUUGGUCAUGUUUUGAAAAGAACUGAGCUUGCUGAUGGACUCCUCUUAGAAAAAACAUCAUCUCCUCUGGGUGUUCUUCUGAUUAUCUUUGAGUCUCGACCAGAUGCGCUGGUGCAGAUAUCUUCCUUGGCAAUUCGAAGUGGGAAUGCGCUCCUCUUGAAAGGAGGAAAGGAGGCCAAGCGGUCAAAUGAAAUUCUGCACAAGGUUAUCACUUCAGCCAUCCCAGAAUCUGUUGGUGGAAGACUUAUUGGAUUGGUGACAUCAAGAGAGGAAAUUCCUGAUCUGCUUAAGCUUGAUGAUGUGAUUGAUCUUGUUAUCCCAAGAGGCAGCAAUAAACUUGUUUCUCAAAUCAAAGCAUCAACUAAAAUCCCAGUUCUGGGUCAUGCUGAUGGAAUUUGUCAUGUAUAUGUUGAUAAGUCCGCCAAUAUGGAAAUGGCUAAGCACAUUGUCUUGGAUGCAAAAGUAGAUUAUCCAGCUGCCUGCAAUUCAAUGGAAACCCUUCUUGUGCACAAGGAUUUGGUGCAGACUGGUGGUCUUAAUGAACUGACAGUUGAUCUUCGCACUGCAGGUGUUAAUUUGUAUGGGGGACCAAGGGCAAGCAAGGAACUGAACCUUCCAGAAGCGCAUUCAUUUCAUCAUGAGUACAAUUCUAUGACUUGCACUAUAGAAAUUGUUGAUGAUGUGUAUGCUGCCAUUGAUCAUAUACAUCAACAUGGAAGUGCACAUACUGAUUGUAUCAUAGCAGAAGAUCAUGAAGUUGCAGAAGUUUUUCUGCGUCAAGUUGACAGUGCUGCUGUAUUUCAUAAUGCAAGCACAAGAUUCUGUGAUGGGGCUCGAUUUGGUUUAGGUGCAGAGGUCGGAAUAAGUACAAGUAGAAUUCAUGCUCGCGGUCCUGUUGGAGUUGAAGGAUUGCUAACAACAAGAUGGAUUCUAAGAGGUAGUGGGCAGGUAGUGGAUGGUGAUAAUGGGGUCAUGUAUACCCACAAGGAUGUAACUCAUAUUCAAGCAAAUGGGUUUAUACCUCCCUCACUCCAUAAAGAAGAAAAUGGAGGCAUUGGCAUUCAUUGAUGAUGAUGCCUUUAUCAUUAGCUGUUGUCUCUCUCAUCUUGUGAUGUUUCCAAGUCCAUCUCAGAGUCACUGAUGCUUCUUUUUAUUAGUAUAUGUAAUCUUUCCUUUGGUAGUAUCCGUUGACUGUAAUGUUGUGGGCCUCAUCCUGAGUAUUGUCUACAAAGGAUCAUACCCAUUUUGUGGUGGGGAAAAAUGGCUUUCUAUUGUAAUAAUCUUCUUCGAAAUGUAACGGUCUUUUGUUGUGAAAAUUAAGAAAAUGGAGAUUCGAAAUGCUUUCA